AUGUUUCUUUUACAUCUUAUUGAAGGAUUUACUAUUUGUACAACGGGUACUGCAUCGAUUCCAUCUCGUUAUUUAACUGUUGUUACAAGUAAUAGUGAAAAACGAGGUUUUCAACAAACUGCUAGACGUUUUCAACAUGAUCCAACCUUUGCACCUGGUCCGGGCCAAUAUGAAACAAUACAAUCAUUAGAUAAACAAUUAGAAAGAACUUCCGAUUCAAAGAAAGGUUCUGGUAGUUUUGCUUCCAAAAGUAAACGAGAGAGUUCUCUAAAUCGAUCAACAAAUUUUCCAGCGCCGACAAGUUAUAAUAUUGCAGGAAUAUUUGAUUUUGAACAUCACGGUUUUAAUAGAUCGAAAUAUUCUAGUAUGUUUCAAAAACCGAUUGCUGAACGACCAUUAUCACCUAAAUCAUCAAUUCCAGCACCAAAUCAAUAUGAUAUUAAUCAAGGCUUGAAAACAAUAACUAAAUCAAAUAAUGUUGCAGCUCAAGCUGCUUUUCGUUCACAUACAAGAAGAUCUGAUGCAACUAAUAAAUAUUUUAUUACACCUGCUCCGGGUACAUAUAAUUUGGAUGAUUCAGCAACACGAUCAUUAGCACCUAUUCAUCAAUCAAGUUUUAAAUCAACUUCGAAACGUGAUACAUUUAGUGUUGAAUCGGCUAGUAAAUUACCAGGUCCAGCUGAUUAUCGACCAUUUGAAAAAAUAAAAGAAGAAUAUCAUCGACAAGUACUUCCACGCCAUCAUUAUUUGACUAUUUCUGCUCCAGCUAUUCCACCUCCUCCCGAAGCUCCAUUUCCUGGUCCAGGUGCUUAUGAACUUCGUGAUUAUAAAGAAAUAGAAAAGAAAUAUAUGUCAUCAGCUGCAUUUGUUUCAAGUACAAGUCGUUGGGCAAUUGAAUCAACUCCAUCAGCUGAACGACCUGGUCCAGGUUCAUAUACACCACGUGUACCAACUAAACAAUCAUUUAAUUUUAAUUUUGAACGAAAAUGGAUUUCAUAG